AUGACCCUGCCCAAGGAGAAGCUUCAGGGUCUUGCUGAGAUAUCUCCCAAAUCUAUGACUGAGCCUGGGGAAGUCAACUUCUCUGUCCCCUCUGCCAUAUGUAGUGCCAGUUGUCCUGCUGGAUUCAGGAAGUUGCCUUUGGAGGGGAAGCCUCCUUGUUGCUUUAGUUGCUCCCCAUGCUCAGAAGGAGAAAUCUCCAAUUAUAUAGAUGCUGAGCAGUGUAAGAAGUGCCCAGAGGAUGAAUAUCCCAAUGAGCAGAGAGAUCACUGCCUCCUGAAGACUGUGACCUUCCUGGAUAUGAAUGAACCCUGGGGGAGGGCAGUGACAGCUGUAGCUGUUUCACUCUCAUUGCUCACGGCCCUGGUUCUGUGGGUCUUUGUGAAGUUCCAAGACACUCCCAUAGUCCAAGCCAAUAACAGGAACCUCAGCUACCUGCUCCUCACCUCCCUUUCCUCCUGCUUCCUCUGCUCCUUGCUCUUUCUGGGCCGUCCCACAACUGCUUCUUGCCUUCUCCGACAAACAGUAUUUGCAGUUGUGUUUACAGUGGCUGUUUCCUCCAUUUUGGCCAAAACCAUCAUAGUGGUUCUGGCUUUCAGGGUGACAGGGCCAGGGAGCAGGAUGCGGAUGUUCCUUCAUCCCAGAGUGCCCUACUGUGUGGUUCUCAUCUGCUCCGGAAUCCAAGGGCUUUUCUGUGCCAUCUGGUUGGGGACCCAUCCCCCCUUUCCAGAGGCAGACACAAGCUCUGAAUCCAGGCACAUCAUCCUCACAUGUAAUGAGGGCUCCGCCUUUGCAUUUUACUGUGUCCUGGGCUACAUGGGCUUUUUGGCUCUAGGCAGCUUCACCAUAGCCUUCCUGGCCAGGAACCUGCCUGAUGCCUUCAACGAAGCCAAAUUCAUCACUUUCAGCAUGCUGGUGUUUUGCAGCGUCUGGGUCUCUUUCCUCCCCACAUAUCAGAGCUCCAAAGGGAAAGCUGUGAUGAUCGUGGAGAUCUUCUCCAUCUUGGCCUCCAGUACCGGGUUACUGGGCUGCAUUUUUAUUCCCAAAUGUUUUGUGAUUCUCCUGACAUCAUGGGAAAAUAACACAAAACAGAACAAGAAUCAAAGGAGUUCCAGGAGCAAGAAUUUUUCUUUUUUUUUUAAUUUGAUAUCUUUAUUUACCCCUGUUCCAUGCAAAACAAUAUUUUUAUCUUUAUUUUUAAAGCUUUGACUUCCACAUUCUCUCCCUUCUUUCCCAACCCAAGAACAAUUGAGGUGCCCCAUGUGCAGUUACACAAAACAUUUUUAUAAAUGUCAUGUUGAGAAAUAUACAUGUAUCAUUCCUAAGGUUAAUUUAAAAAAUCUUCAAAGAGAAAUUUUUUUUAAAACUGUGUUACAUCAUCAGUUUCAUCAUAAAGACCUUUAGAGUAGUUUAGGAUUAUUGUGUUAUUCAAAAACAAAGUCAUUUGCAGGUGACUAGUCUCCUAUAUUGCUUGACUUUGUACACGUUACCUUUCAGUUUUCAUAUGUUUGUGAAUAUCUUUCCAGAUUUUUCUGGUCAUCAUACCUACAGAAUCAUCAAAGUAUUCCAUCACAAUUACAUACCACAAUUUCUUCAGCCAGUCUGCAUUUGAUGAGAAUUCUCUCCAUUUCCAAUUCUUUCUCCAAGAAAAGACAUGACAUCAUUAUUUUUGUACAUAUAUUUCCUUUUCCUUUUUUUCUUGAACCCUUUUGGGUUUCAAGCCAUGUAGGGUUAGUUUUAGGUGGAUAAAUGUGUAUAAUUUUAUGGCCUUUUCAAUAUGUAUCACAUACUUUAAUCACUUAUCAAAUGGAAACUGGCUCAUAUUUUAAUAUAUUUCAUUCAUUUAUAAGUUUGAGAAGAGCUGGCUGCAGCAAAGAAAGUUGCUUCAAAAUUGUUUUCACAAUGACUAUUGCUAACUACAUUUUUCCCAUUUAUUCGAUUUUGGUCGUUUUUUUUUUUUUUUUAAAUUUAUACCUCAUCAAAGGCUUUUAAUUUUCACCACACAUUUCAAAAUAUCCCCUCUCUUUUCUCACCCUAGUCCCUGCUCAUAUUCCUUUAUCCUCCUACUAUCUUGCAAAAUAACAUAUAUUUCUAUAUCUAUGUUGAGUGUGUAUGUUAUUUCCUCUUACAGCCAAUUCUAAUGAGUGUAAUAUUCACUCAUUCUCCCUCCCUUCCUUCCUUCCCCUCUACUAAAUGCUUUAUGUUGCCUUUUUAAUAGAAGAUAAUUUAUGUCAUUCUACUUCUCCCAAUACAUUCCACCAACCCUUUAAUUUAAUUUAAUUUAAUUCAUAAAGUAUUCUUUCAUAUUCAUAUUCAAUUCACACCCAUGCACUCUAUUUAUAUACACUCCUUCUAAUUUCCCUAAUAAUGGAAAAUUUCCCAUGAAUUACAAGGGUCAUCCAUGUGAGAAUGUAAAUCAGGUUAAGUCCUUUAUCAUUUCCAUUUCCUGAUUAACUACUUGUGCUUCUUCUGAGUUCUGUACAUGAAAAUGAAAUUUUCUGUUUAGCUCUGGUUUUUCUUUUUCAUCACAAGUACUUGGAAUUCAGUUGCACAAAACCCUUGAAGCUUGGGACAAUGCAUCCUCCCCCUUGAAAACAGUCUUAUUUUAACAAUUAAAAGCAGAAUAAUAAAACUAAGAAAGUGAGUAGAAAACAAAAAGAAAAGUUUCUGACCAUUGAAAAUUAUUAUGGUGACAAGAUCAUCAAGAAGAUGAUAACAAACCUUUCCAGAAGCAAACACAUACUCUGAAUCCAGCCACAUCAUUCUUAGAUGUAAC